UGGCUUUUUUUUUCCUUCGGGGAGCCACGGCGCUCUGCGGAAGCGGUUCCAACUUUCCAGAAGUUUCUUAGGACAGGCAGGAGGGGGUGGGGACAGCCAUAUAUAGAUCCCGAUCCCGGGGCAGUGAGUUGAGUAGAGCCUGUCUGAGACGAGUGUCCCGUCGGUCCCGGAGCAGCCCAGCCCGGCCCAGAAUGAAAAAGGCAGGCAGUGAUCUCCCUCUGAGGCAGUUUCAAGGUCCUCUGUGGUGCACACAGCUCACCUUCCAGCCAUGCGCUCUCUCCUUCUGGCCGCUUUCUGCCUCUUGGCUGUGGCCCUGGCAGCCGAGGUGAAGAAGCCUGUAGAGGCCGCAGCCCCUGGUACUGCGGAGAAGCUGAGUUCCAAGGCGACCACACUGGCAGAGCGCAGCACAGGCCUGGCCUUCAGCUUGUAUCAGGCUAUGGCCAAAGACCAGGCGGUGGAGAACAUCCUCCUGUCCCCCUUGGUGGUGGCCUCAUCCCUGGGUCUUGUGUCUCUGGGUGGUAAAGCCACCACCGCAUCGCAGGCCAAGGCCGUGCUGAGCGCCGAGAAGCUGCGGGAUGAGGAGGUGCACACGGGGCUGGGUGAGCUGCUGCGCUCCCUCAGUAACUCCACCGCUCGCAAUGUGACCUGGAAACUGGGCAGCCGCCUGUACGGGCCCAGCUCGGUGAACUUCGCCGAGGACUUCGUACACAGCAGUAAGCAGCAUUACAACUGUGAACACUCCAAGAUCAACUUCCGGGACAAGCGCAGCGCCCUGCAGUCCAUCAACGAGUGGGCCUCGCAGACCACCGACGGCAAGCUGCCCGAGGUCACCAAGGAUGUGGAGCGCACGGACGGAGCGCUGCUCGUUAACGCCAUGUUCUUUAAGCCACACUGGGAUGAGAAAUUUCAUCACAAGAUGGUGGACAACCGUGGUUUCAUGGUGACUCGCUCCUAUACUGUGGGUGUUACAAUGAUGCACCGGACAGGUCUCUACAAUUACUACGAUGACGAGAAGGAGAAGCUGCAGAUCUUGGAGAUGCCCCUGGCCCACAAGCUCUCCAGCCUCAUCAUCCUCAUGCCCCACCACGUGGAGCCCCUCGAUCGCCUGGAGAAAUUGCUGACCAAAGAGCAGCUGAAGGCCUGGAUGGGGAAGAUGCAGAAGAAGGCUGUCGCCAUCUCUCUCCCCAAGGGAGUGGUGGAGGUGACCCAUGACCUGCAGAAACAUCUGGCUGGUCUGGGUCUGACGGAGGCCAUUGAUAAGAACAAGGCCGACUUAUCACGCAUGUCUGGCAAGAAGGACCUGUACCUGGCCAGUGUGUUCCAUGCCACCGCCUUCGAGUGGGACACAGACGGCAACCCCUUUGACCAAGACAUCUACGGGCGUGAGGAGCUGCGCAGCCCCAAGCUGUUCUACGCCGACCACCCCUUCAUCUUCCUGGUGCGAGAUAAUCAGAGCGGCUCCUUGCUGUUCAUUGGGCGCCUGGUCCGGCCCAAGGGAGACAAGAUGCGAGAUGAGUUGUAGGGUCCCAGAGUGAGCAUGGCAUGGCAGGAAGUGGCCAAAGGUUCCUGAGACACAUGGGUGCUAUUGUGGGGGGAGGGAGGGUUACCAACCUUGGAUAUUCC